AUGAAUAUAGAGAUAGAUGUAGAUUUAUUGGAAGAUAUGCCAACAUUCACAGCCGUUCGAGUUAACCGUAACCACCAGCAAACAUGUCUGACGACGAGGAGCAAUACUCCAGCGAGGAGGAGGUGGUCGAGGAAACGUAAGCAGCCGGAGAGGAAGAUCGAGGGUAGGGCGUCCCAAAAGGAGUCUGGGGAGAAUCCCGAGUUUAUGAAGAGGCAAGAACAGAAAAGGAGCGACUUAGACGAACAGCUCAAGGAAUACAUUGCAGAAUGGCGGAAACAGAGGGCCAAGGAAGAGGAGGAACUGAAGAGAUUGAAGGAGAAGCAAGCGAAGCGCAAGAUCACUCGCGCGGACGAGGAAAAGAGAUUGGCUCAGAAAAAGAAAGAGGAGGAAGAACGUCGUCAACGUGAAAUCGAGGAGAAGAAACAACGCGAUAUAGAGGAAAAGAGAAAGUACGUAUUUAUCUCUAAAUUUCAUACAUAAAUAUAUUAACAGAUUGCGAAUUUUUACGU